AGGCUUCACAGUCGCAUUUGUUACUUUAGCUACCUGUCGCUUACAUAAGGCCCAGUUCGAUUCUUUUCCCAGAUGUCGACAUUCUUUUGGUUUAUUCUGCUUCCUCGUCCAGUCUCUUAAAGACAUACUAACCAACCACUGUUUGCCUGUAAAUCUGCUAACAAAACUAGUCAACCAUGGAUCCGUACAGCAUAUUUGCCUGGAUUGUUUUUUACCUAGUGAUUGUGACUUUAUUCUACUGGUGUUUCCGUCAGAGUAUGUCGGCCGUUUCAUCGAAUACAGCGACUAGCAAUCCUAGGACUACACCUCAUUCAGAAACGAACAAUCAUCUGCCAAGCAGAAUGGCUGAUCGUGAUAUGUACACAGUCACAGACGAGACUAACCGGAACGCUUCCGAUCACAACCAACCUCCACCGGAGUAUAAAUGGGAAGACUUGCCGCCAAGUUACGAAGAGGCCGUCGCCGGAUCACACAUCAAUCCAUCGUUUGACCAGCACGAAGCAAGCACACAUGCCAGUGAAGAUGGUGCAAUCGAACUUUCAUUAACAAGCCCUGCUCAAUCGGCCUAGGAAAACAAAUCGCAACCCCACCACUAAGAGAAUGGAAUAUUGUACAGCGUAUUUUUACUAAGCUCGUCAAUGAAUUGACAUGUUCGUCUUUGUUAAACGUCAAGGUUUUUUUGGGGGGGAAAUGUGGUAAUAUAACAGAAUUUCGUCGGAAAAAAUACAUUUUGGCUAUCUUGUCGCGCACACUGAA